AUGACACCAGCACAAAUCGCGCUUCCUGACGCUCCUCCUGAGCUGCUCUCAAAAUCAUCACUACAGAACACAGAACAUGAUGAACGCUUCCCCGAAGACAUCGCUGUAUGGACAGUCGAUGCGCUGGUACGACAUCGAGCGCGCCUCAAUCCUCAUGCGACCAUAGUAUCGUACCCCAGCUCGGGGGUGGACUUUGUUGACUACUCCAUGCAACAACUUGGGAUGGGUGUCUUUGACUUUCCCGUCGAGGUGCAUGCCGAUACGCGAAUGGACUAUCAUCUCGACCCAGCCGUUGAAGUAAAUAACAACAUCUACAUUAUUCAUUCAAGUGAGACGUCGGAAGGUAUCGAAUUGCUCAAGCAGCUGAAGAUUGUCAUGUACGGCGGUAGCGCGUGUCCAGAUACCCUGGGCGAUUUGUUAGUCGAUCAAGGCAUCAAUCUCAUCGGACAUUACGGCACGACCGAGGUGGGGCAAUUCAUGACAUCUUUCCGUCCCCAGGGCGACAAGGCGUGGAACUAUGUUCGCGAGUCACCAAAACUCUCGCCACUCCUCCGCUGGUUACGGCGCGGUCCAAACCUCUUCGAAGGCACUGUGCUCCCUGGGUGGCCAGCAAAAGUCGCGUCGAACCAGCCCGAUGGUAGUUAUGCUACCAAGGACCUUUUUGAGCCUCACCCGACGAUUGACAAAGCUUGGAAGUACAUUGCCCGUCUGGACGAUACUAUUGUGCUAGUGAAUGGAGAAAGGUUCAAACCCGUGAUGACCGAAGGCAAGAUUAGAUCACACAAAGCCGUCACGGAGACUGUCAUCUUUGGAUCUGGUCGUCCGUAUCUGGGUGCACUCAUUGUACCAACGGAGAUGCAAGACCUUAUCGUCAAGUACAGCAACUUCCAGAGCAGUGCCGUACUUACUGGCGCAACCGGUUCUCUUGGCGCACAUGUCCUCGCGCAGCUCAUUGCGCGUCCAGAUAUCCAGACUGUCCACUAUCUCCAGCGCAAGAUUUACAACUCGCUCUCACCAGCAGCGCGCCAGAAAACCCACGCUCUACCUUCAGACCUGCCUGACCCUCAACUCGGUCUUGAUAGCAAAACAUACCAGUCCGUAACCAAGAACCUCCGAAGCGUCAUACACUGCCCCUGGUCCGUCAACUUCAACCUGAGUCUUUCGAGCUUCAAGAAAGAUUGCAUAGCAGGUGUGCGCCAUCUCAUCGACCUCUGUCUCGCAGUCCCUGGCUCAAAGCCAGCUUCAUUCGACUUUUGCUCGUCGCUACAUACACCUGAGACGAUGGUCGAGCUUGACUGGGCCAAGUGUGUGGCAGAGCACAUAUGCAUGGCGGCUUCCAAGGCUACUGGUAUGCGAGCGCGGAUUCUUCGCGUGGGUCAAAUCGUAGCGGGUACUACUCGUGGCGUUUGGAACGAUACCGAGGUUAUUCCGCUCAUCAUAAAAUCGGCGCUGACGAUAGGUGUGCUUCCAAAGCUGCAACAGUCGCCGAGCUGGACGCCCGUGGAUGUCGUUGCGCAAGCUGUUAUUGAGAUUACGCUGAGCGACGCGGAAAGCAUCGUGGCCAACGUGACUAAUGCAAAGACAUUUUCUUGGACGAAGGAUCUUCUUCCUGCGCUGAUGGAAGCUGGGUUCGAGUUUGAAGAGGUGGGGCCAAAGGAGUGGGUGAGAAGACUGGCUGCGUCGAGUGAUGAUGUGGUUGUCAAUCCACCGAAGAAGUUGCUCGAUUUUUUUGCGUCAAAGUACGACAAGCAUAUAUUUGCGCCAUCGCGGACAUAUGAGACGGGUGUUGCGACUUCGCUGUCGCCCGCAUUGGCAAAUGCGCCUAUCUUCAAUGCUGAUUUUGUCAAGACUUUUGUUCAGCAGUUUCAACGCACUGCUUGGAAGCGCUCAUAG